CGGAUAUAGUGGAUGCAGAUCCAGGGAGACCGGAUAUGGUGAAUGCAGGGUCCGGGGAGAGCGGAUAUAGUGAAUGCAGGGUCCGGGGAGACCAGAUAUAGUGAACAUAGGGUCCGGGGAGAGCGGAUAUAGUGAAUGCGGGGUCCGGGGAGACCGGAUAUAGUGAAUGCAGGGUCCCGGGAGACCGGAUAUAGUGAAUGCAGGGUCCAGGGAGAGCGGAUAUAGUGAAUGCAGGGUCCGGGGAGAGCGGAUAUAGUGAAUGCAGGGGUCCGGGGAGACCGGAUAUAGUGAAUGCAGGGUCCGGGGAGACCGGAUAUAGUGAAUGCAGGGUCCGGGGAGACCGGAUAUAGUGAAUGCAGGGUCCGGGGAGA